AUGCGACUACCCGGUUUCAUGAAAUUGGCCCUCUGCCUCGUUGGGUUCUACACUGGUUAUCCGGCUUUCACGACAGCGCUCGACUCGCCAAUGAUCACUGCAGCGCCAUUGCUAGUGAGAGACGAUGCUGGCCAAAUUGCCGGCUCCGAGAUUAUAGGAUAUGCAUCGGUGGAUGGAAGCUAUAGCGCCAGCUCGUGCCCGCCGGGUUCAACGUUAAAGUGGGAGGGUAAAAACGGCGGCUGCGUAGCAACAAGCGCUACGGAGUAUGCGAUAUGGAGCAGUUGCGAAGCCGAAUCGAUCUUAAUUGCGUCGAAAACAAAAUAUCAAUGGUACUUGAAUUCGAAUGUCACAAGCGGAGCGAGCGUAUGUUAUACGGCCCUCAUCUUCGAAGACUUAGACGACAAGUCACCACGGAGUGUCUAUGGAUGCAGCGCCGAACCGCACCAGGCAUCGCUUUACAUAGCUACUACUGGCACGGACGCCACUUCCACUUCAUUAACAUCGAACACGAGCAUGCAAGCGUCAGUCAAGAAAACCACUACCGGGGGGGUUGCAUCGACGAGGACCCAAAACCCAGCCAGUUCAGCCUCUACUUCGAGUACAGCAACGGACGUAUCCGAUCUGAAUUCAAGCUUGGGUAAUUCAGAAUCAGAAGACCGAGAUCUUAGAUGGAUUGCGGGCCCAAUCGUGGGAGGCAUUGUAGGAAUUGUACUCAUUGGGUUGUUCAUUUGGUUUAUACUGAGAAGGAGGAGGAAGAGACAAGCUCUAGAUGUCCCAGCGGCACCACCGGACCCCAUCAACACAGAUCAGUCCGGCCAAACCACAGGGUUGCAUUUUCCAACGUACCAAUGGCAGGUACAAAGUCGAGAAUCGUCACCUCGAAAAGGGCAGUCUUACCACGGUUAUAUGGCUUGGACAACGUCAUCACCGACUGACUGUAAUUCCCCUAUACCGGAAGCAAAGGGGAAAGAAGGUUAA